CAGUGCUUCGAGUUUGAGGCUGCUAAGGGCGGCAUUUACUAUCUUGAGGCCCUGACGAUUGUCUCAGCCCUCGAACGGGCCUGCUCUUUGACGCCUCGGCCAAAACGGGUCAUUAUUUUCUGUGAUAACUCCAACUCAGUUGAUGUUUUCAAUUCCCUUUCAGCAGAUGCUCCCUAUAAUGACAUCUUG